AUGACGAACAUGAUUUUCGUCGCGAGCCAAGGCGACGUGGACGAGUUAACGAGGCUCUUAGACGAAGGCGCGGAUGUCAAUAGCGCGGAUUACGACGGGCGGUCCGCGAUACACCUCGCGGCGUGCGAGGGCCACCUGGGCGUGCUUAAACUGCUGCUGGCGCGCGGCGCGAGAGUCAACCCGCGCGACAGAUGGGGACACACGCCACUGACAGACGCGCGCAAGGCCAUGCGGGAGGGGAAGAAGGGGCAGUUUCCAGAGAUUAUUCAAGUGCUCUUGAAGCAUGGCGGCAUUGAGGGGGGGGCAGAAGCGGACGACUGGGAGAUAGAUCCAUCCGAGCUGGACUUCAGCAAGUCAAAACUUAUCGGCAAGGGUGCGUUCGGUGAGAUCAUGCGGGUCAUGUGGAGAGGCACCCCCGUGGCAGCUAAGACAAUCCUGCCAGGCCUAUCAGAUGACGUGCAAAUCACAAAAGAGUUCCGGGACGAAAUGUUUCUACUGCCCAAGCUGCGCCACCCCAACAUUGUGCAGUUCCUGGGAUGCGUCACCCGCCGCCCGCCCCUGUGCCUUGUCCCCGAGUACCUGCCUGGGGGCGAUCUACACGACGUGCUCAAGGCCAAGGGCGCCCUGUCGCCCAGAAUAGCGGUGGGGUACGGGCUGGACAUCGCUAGGGGAAUGAACUACCUGCACAACCACAAGCCCGAGUCCAUCAUUCACAGAGAUCUCAAACCGAGGAACCUGAUUCGGGACGAGGGAGACCACCUAAAGGUGGCGGACUUUGGUUUGAGCAAGCUGGUGAAGGUGAAUGCGCUGCACGAGAUGUACAAGAUGACUGGGGAGACCGGCAGCUACCGCUACAUGGCGCCAGAGGUGUUCAAGCACCAGGCAUACGACCGCACUGUGGACGUCUACUCCUUCUCCGUCAUCUUCUACGAGAUGUUUGAGGGUCUACCGCCCUUUGCCAAGACCAUGACGCCAGAGGGGGUGGCCUGGAAGGUGGCAAUGGAGGGCAUCAGGCCGCCCUUCAAGUCCAAGGCGUACCCCGAGGAGGUCAAAGAGUGCUGUGCUCUUUGGGUUUCUGGGCCUUCAACAGUUGUAGAAAUCGCUACUGGGUUCCCACGUCUCUGCUUCCUUCUCCCUCCACUGUCACUCCGUCUCUCCCUCACUCCGUCUCUCCCUCACUCCGUCUCUCCCUCACUCCGUCUCUCCCUCACUCCGUCUCUCCCUCACUCCGUCUCUCCCUCACUCCGUCUCUUCCUCACUCCGUCUCUCGCUCUCGCUCCCCCCCUCUCCCUCACUCCGUCUCUCCCUCACCAGCCUGAUAUCUCGCUGUUGGGCGAGACGGCUGACCCCAUGUCCCGCCCGUCCUUCAUGGGAUUGAUCCAAGUGCCCGAGGGGGUGGAGAAGAGCAGGCGCUCCUGCUUUCCCACAUCCCUGCCCCGCCUCCUUCCCCCUCUCUCCCUCUCUGGUUUCACUCCCUCUCUCCUGUCUCCCCCCCUUCCAUAUCACCCCCUCUCCCUCUCUCCCCCUCUCUCUCCCUCUCUCCUGCUUUCCCCCUGUCCAUAUCACUUCCAGUUUGAUAUCUCGCUGCUGGGCGGCAGACCCCAUGGCGCGCCCGUCCUUCAUGGAAGUGAUAGAGGUGCUCGAGGGGGUGGAGAAGGCGCUCCUGCUGCAGGCGCAGACAAACAAGCCCGCCCUCUCUCCCUUCUCAGCUUAGAUACCGCCUUCCCCUGA